AUGGCUCCAUCAGCUUCUUCUUCCGCUCCUUCCGUAUCGGAACUACUGGGUUAUAUUGAGAAUCCUAAAAUCUUCCAGGUUAACAAGCUUCCUCCUCGGAGCUACUAUAUUCCUGAAGACUCGAGGCUUUUGAACGGUGCUUGGGAUUUUUUGUACCAUGAAAGCCUGUUAUCUGCAUUUGAGGCAGUAGAUUCGGAGUUCCAAUCGGUGUAUGGACGAGGAAUUGGAGGUGGUGCCGCCGAUAAUGGAGGUAUCAUUGUACCUAAGUCCAAGAACAACUGGUCCGAAAUUGCAGUACCAGGCCAUUGGCAGCUCCAGGGAUUUGGAAAUCCCCAGUAUACCAAUAUCAUGUAUCCAAUUCCUAUGAACCCACCUUAUGUACCCUCUGAGAAUCCUACUGGAGUGUACCGCACCAAGUUCAGUGUAAAAGGUACCAAUAAUGUGCAAAAACAUCGCUUGCGGUUUGAUGGCGUAGACAGUGGCUAUUUUGUGUUUCUAAAUGGCCAUUUUGUAGGUUAUGCUCAAGGAAGCCGUAAUCCUGCUGAGUUUGACGUGUCACAUUUGACUUUGGACCAGGGUGACAACGACCUGGUUGUUGUAGUGGUUCAAUGGUGUGAUGGUUCGUACAUUGAAGACCAGGACCAAUGGUGGAUUUCGGGUAUAUUUCGUGAUGUCAACGUUAUAUCCUAUGAUAACCGUGGCCAUAUCGAAGACUUUCGGUUUGAGACGGUAUCAGUCACUGAUAAUGACUCGGGUGAUGUUCCCAGAUAUCAUUCUAAGCGGGCCAAGGUGUCGGUGUCUACAUCGGUCUUGGCAACCACGGAUUCGUCUCUUCAAGUUGAUGUGUAUGCAGACGGCAAGUCAAUUGCUAGCCAGGUGAGCAAAAUUUCACGUUCGGUUGAAAAAGACGGUUCUCCAGCAAUAAAAGCCGUGAACUUCAGUUUGGAUGUGUUGGAUCCUCAAUUGUGGAGCGCCGAAUCGCCCUAUCUGUACGAGGUACAACUUGUACUAAGGUCAUCGGACUCAUCGUCUGUUCUUCAAAAAAUUGACACCCAUCUUGGUAUUCGUACGAUUGAAAUCAAGGGAGGCCAGUUUCUUGUUAAUAACAACCCUAUUCUGCUUCGUGGAGUUAAUCGUCAUGACGAUAAUAGUGUCAAGGGCCGAGCUGUUUCUGAAGAGGAUGUGAAACAUGAUUUGAGACUCAUGAAAAGGCACAAUAUCAACACCAUUCGUUGUUCACACUACCCAUCUCAUCCUUCGCUUGUACAUUGGGCCGAUGUGUGGGGUUUCUAUAUCAUUGACGAGGCCGACUUGGAAUGCCACGGAUUUGCUUUCACCGAUGCAUUGCGUGAUAUUAACUACAAUCAUGUCAAGGAAGACAGGCAGUUGCCAAGAACAGAUCCCAGUUUCUCUCGUAAACAUGAAGAUUUCACAUCAGAUAACCCGCUUUGGAGAGAAGCUUAUUUAGACAGAGUAAAGCAGCUCGCCAAUAGAGACAAGAACCAUCCCUCGGUGAUUAUGUGGUCUUUAGGUAACGAAGCAUUCUUUGGUGAGAAUCAUGUGGCUAUGUGUGAAUGGCUCCACGAAAAUUUCUCUCAGCCUGUUCACUACGAACAAGACAAUGGCAACAACGAAGCUCACUAUGUGGAUGUGUACAGUCGAAUGUACUCACCCCAUUGGUAUGUGGACGAAGAGCCAAAAAGAGAGGGAAAACCGUUUAUGCUCUGUGAGUAUGGUCAUGCCAUGGGAAAUGGACCAGGAGCGCUCAAGGAUUAUCAGGACUUGUUCUAUAAACAUCCUCGUUUGUUAGGUGGCUGUAUCUGGGAAUGGGCAAAUCAUGGACUUCGUAAGCCAGUCCCUGGCAAAGAAGACGAAUUUUAUUAUGCCUAUGGAGGGGAUUUCGAAGAGCCUGUUCAUGAUGGUACCUUUGUAAUGGAUGGGCUGUGUGACUCUGAACAUGAGCCAACCCCCGGUCUUUAUCAGUAUAAACACAUUAUCCAGCCAGUGGCAUUUACAUUUGCCGAAACCAGCUCCAAAGAUAUUUCCAUCUUUGUGAAGAAUUUGAACGAUCAUAUUGAUCUGUCUGAUAACGUUUACAUUCAAGUGGUUGCCGAGCUUAUUCCAAAUGGACCUCCUGAAGCCAAGUCCUAUGCCAAGCAAAUAAUCUUCGAAAAGAAGUUGGAAAUUGGUGGUCGUAUUCCUCCUGGACAGUCUGCCGAGUACCAAAUCUCUAUUGAUACACAAACCAACAGCCAAUUUCAAAACAGCGAGGUUAUCAUCACGGCCACUGCUCAUAAUACUAAGGCCACUCCAUGGGCCGAAGCUGGUUACGAGAUUGCCCAUGGUCAGCACAAGUUAGUAGGUUCAGGAACUGCUAAAGACUGGAAUUCUGAGCCUAAACCCUCCGCCUUUUCCGUAACUGAAACAUUGGCCUCGUACCAGAUCACCUCUGAAGUCGCGAAGAUCAUUGUCAGUAAAGCUACUGGCAAGUUCAAUAUUUCCGUUAAUGGCAAGCAGCAGAUUAAAGAGGGACCCACUCUAGGAUUCUGGCGAGCACCCACUGAUAACGAUCUUGGUGACUGGGCCUGGCGCUGGCGGGAUUAUCACGUCAACCAUUUGCACGAGUCUGUCGACUCUGUUUCAGUCGAACAGGAAGAACAAGGCAAGCUUGUCAAAGUUAAUAUACACACCUGGAUAUCCCCAGCUGUUGUCAACUGGGGAAUUGACACCAAACUGACCUACACGUUCAGUCACAACAGCGACGGAAGCGCACUGGAAAUCGAUACCACCGCUGACCUGACUCCCAAAGGUCCGUAUGCCGAAACUGUUCCACGAAUUGGACUCGACUUUGUGCUUGAUGAUGCCCUGAGCACUGUCAGAUGGGCCGGUCUUGACGUCGAGUCGUACCCCGACACGAACAUGGGCAAAAUCGGGGUCCACGAAGCCGACAGCGAAAGUCUCUUCUACAGCUACGAAGUGCCUCAAGAAAACGGAAACCGGUCUCAAGUCCGAUGGGUCCAACUCCUUGCCAACUCCAACUCCGUCUCGAACCAACUGUCUUCCCUCUCACUCUCUUCUCCUGCCACCUCCGUCUCAGCAGUAGCCCUCUCCUCGACCCCUGGCGACCUCAUAAACUUCAGUGUCCAACCCUGGACGCCCCUCCAACUCGAAAAGGCCGGCCACCCCUACCAACUGGACCCCGCUCUACGACGUAACAACUUCCGAGUCGACUUCGCCGUCCACGGCAUCGGCAGCGCCUCCUGUGGCCCCGGAGUCCUAGACCAGCACAAACUCAACCUCUCCAAAGCCACACACCGCGUCCGUCUCAUCAUUAGCUAG